AGAGAAUGAUUGGAUGUAGGCAUUUUCAAUAAUCCCGAUAAUGCAUAACAUAAGGUGCGUUCGCCGGACAAGGCAACCGUCAUUGUUCCCGUCGCUCCCCACGUCACGUACCCCUCGGACGCAACCAAACCCUACGUAGUUCCUUUAGCUCCUUCAAUUGACGGGAUCUGUCUCAACAUAAUGCCAUUGGAGCCGCCGGUAUUUGGCCGACACUUUGGCAUCCGACUUUCUCAGAUGCCUCAAGACGAAACCUCCACAUCCUCUGGCAUUAAGUGAACUCCUUGCCAGCCUUGGCUCGUAGAGAAGAAAUGCUCGACGAGAAUCUUCCUACCUUCUUCCUUAGCAUUGCCCCAGAUGGCAUCAAGCAUCAUGCGACAUUCAACUUUACCCAGCAUGGCUCGGAACCAGAGCCCGCCUACGCUCUCCAUCACAUGGACCCCGCCCUGCCAGAUUCGCACAACUGCUACACUGUAGCUAUGCUCGACCCUUAUAUGCCAGAUGUUCCUUAUGCUGAAGUUCUUGUGCGGCCCGAAUGGACACAUCCAACGCUAUCCCAAGAAGCGAUUCGAAAGAACGGCGGGAUUCCUCCCCUUCCGCAACCCCUUCAGCCGACAGAAUUUACAAUCCAGCUCUAUGGGCCGGACCAGCAAGUUGUCGUCAAGUACAAACAAUCCACAUGGGGUGGUUCGCCGAGCUGGGAGUUCGAAAUGCCGCAGACCACUUUCCGACAGCCAUCGAGCUCAUCUCUGGAUCGCAGUCUGAGCGAUCCAACAAUCGCACCGACGACGCCAAGAAUAAAAUUCACUUGGAGGAAAGAAAAGCUGUCAAAGGAAAUGGUGUGUACAAUGUCCGGCAAGACGACCGACCCGAAAGCAAAGCCUCGAAAGAGCAAAGAACCAGAUAUUACUAUUGCCAUGUUCGAAUCGAUGAAGGCGGUAUCAAUCUACGAGCCGAAUCUUCAUCGUGUCGACAUGGAAGAUUUCAAGGGACUUGAAAUAGUCAUACUUCUCAGCGCGGCUGUGAUCAAGGAUAUGUUCUUCGGAAACUUUCGCCAGGUGUUCAAUAUUACAGAGUACUCCCCACCGAGAAGAGCAAGUGUGCCUCCUCACAUACAUAGAAAAGCAGUCUCUGGGACCAGCCUUCCACAGCUUCCUACAAUUCAUGAGCCUUCGGCUCUUUCAGACCCAGCACACGGGGCCAGACCUGCAAUAAGUGGCCCAUCUCAGUCGGCUCCACCAUCCGACUUGAGACGCCAUAGUUCGGGUGUCUUGUCUCCUCGUUCCGCGUCCAACCUCGAUCCGCGCCGCCAGUGGGAAGCUGAAGUCGAAAGUGCUCGAUUGCGGCAACAGGCAGAGACCGAAGCCCGCGAGCGCCGGCGCACUGAAUUAGCCGGGGAACGACUGGCCAAAAAAAUAUCCAAAGCGGAAUUAAAAGAGGAAGGUCGCCGAAAAGCUGAAAUUGACCGCGAAACUGAGCGGCUCAGGAGAGUCUAUCUUGCUGAACAACGCAUGUCUCAGGGUCAUCAUCAGAGACCGUUACAGUCUCAACCGCAGUGGCAGGGGCAGGGGCAGGCAUAUCCUUCUUUGCCCCCGCGACAAGCCCAUUCCGCACCUCUGCUCCAUGCAUAUCCUUGUCCGAGCCCUAGUCCUGCUCGACGGCCGGUUCCUCCUCAGCCCGUCCCUCAUCAAUCAUAUGGCCCUGGUCAAAGUCGAGGUACAGGUUCAGGUCCGAGUCUCAUUAGCCAGAAUCAUACAUCUGGCCCUAGCUUUGGGACAAACCUAUUAGCCCCGACGAACGAUGCUCAUGGCCGAAAUCUCGGCCAAAAGAAGCGCAGUUUCUUUGGUCUCAGAAGUAGUAGUGAUGACCGCAGUGGCAAAAAGUUGUCAAAGAAGCAGAGUUCAUUAUUUUGAGACUUUAGAUACCCUAUAUUGCCUUAUUUCUAUUUUUGCUAUUCUCUUAGCUUGACUCCAAUCUUGCUCUUUCAUUUCAAUUCAUUUCAUAUUAGCAUUUUAUGUAGCAUUUUAGCCGUCGUCCCCUCGACGACAUCUACAUGGUCAGCAAUCUAGUCAGCCAUCCAUCCAUGCAAUAUCCAGAAC